AUGGAGGUGGAAAAUAACGAAAAUCAAGCAAAUCUGGGAGACCAUGGUAUUUCGGAUGGUAAUGAUCACGAGAAAGGAGAACAGAGAGCUGAUGACGAUGGCUUUCCAGUAGAUAUGGAGCAAGGCGACUACAAUGGUCAGGAGUAUGCAGAAGGAGAUGGAGAGUAUGGAGAUGAGUAUUAUGAUUAUGGCGGUGGCGGCGAAGGUGAAUAUAGCGAAGAUUAUCCCGAAGGGGAUGCUCAACAUGGGGGUAGAGGAGCAUACAGAGGAGCAGCCUUUGGGGCAUUUAGAGGUCGUGGGGCGCCGCCUGGUGUAUCUUUCUUCAGGGGUCGCGGAGCUCCUCCGUUUAUGAGAGGCAGAGGUUUUCCUCCUAACUAUCGCGGUCGUGGUUUUCCCCCUACUAGACCUGGAUAUCAACCUGGAAGAACAUUCUUCCCAAAUCCUACCUCCACAACUUCCUCCAGUGCAAACUCCGCGUCUUUCGGCUAUGGAUCUCAGGGAGCUUCCCAAGAGUCUGAUCAAGAAUCUCGAAUUAAAAGACUUGCCGGAUGUGUAGGUGACGAAGAGCUUUGGGUUGAGACAGAAACUCAAGAAGGCUCCAAGAAAUACUAUUAUCAUGCUAUCACGAGAGAAACUGCUUGGGAGAAACCUGCAAACGCGAAGGUGAUCGAUCAAACACAACUAGCCGACCUUGUUCAGCGAGCCACUGAAGAGGGAAGGUUAGAGCAAGAAGAACGAAACGCUGCCGGUUUCGGUCAGAACGGCGCUGCAGGCGGUGGUUACGGCUACGGCAUGAACUACAUGGGUGGAGCUGCCCCUUCUGGUGCUGACGAUGCUUGGCAAGAGUUCAGUGCUCCCGAUGGUAGAAAGUAUUACUUUAACUCAGUCACUCAAGAGAACACUUGGGAGAAACCUAAAGCUUAUGCUGAGCGUGAAGCUGCGCGUGAAGAGAAAAAACUCGUUGUUAACGAUGAUCCUGUUUCAAGCGCUGUUGCUGAAGCCCAGGCUAAAGCACAGAAGAAAUCCGACGAGAAAAAGGAUUCUUCACGUCCAGUAAGUAGUACUCCUGUACCCGGAACUCCUUGGUGUGUAGUAUGGACUGGUGAUGGAAAAGUCUUCUUCUAUAACCCAUCAACCAAAACAUCUGUUUGGGAUCGCCCACCCGAUUUGUAUAACCGUCCUGACAUCGAUUUAUUGGUGACUCGUCCUCCUGAUAAUAAGAAAGAAGAGAUCAAAGAAGCUGAGUCUGAUUCUGAGAGUGAAACGGAAAAUGGAGGUCCUCCUAAGAAGAAGAGCAGAGCUGAAAAGAAGAAAGAAGCUAUGCUCGCUCAGUCUAAGAAGGAAAAGGAAAAACCCGUUCGUCAAAUGUUGGAGAAACCAAUUGAUCCUGCAGUUCAAGCUGAAUUACAGGCUCAAAGAGAGAGAGAGAAGAUGCCUUUGGAAGACAGAUUGAGACAAUUCAAGGAAAUGUUAGCUGAGAAAGGCGUUCAGACAGGAAGUACUUUCGAGAAAGAGCUUUCCAAGAUUGUCUUCGAUCCUCGUUAUCUUUUACUCAGUGCCACUGAACGCAGAGCCUCUUUCGAAGCAUACGUCAGGGAGAAGGCUGAUGUAGAGCGCGCAGAGAAAAAGAAGAAGCAGAAGGAGGCCAAAGAUAAAUUUACUGAACUCUUGAAGGAAGCUGAGUUACAUGGAAAGUCUUCCUUCUCAUCAUUCACAUCAAAGUUCGGUAAGGAUCCUCGCUAUAAAUGUGUAGACAAGAUGAGAGACAAAGAAGAUCUAUUCAAUGAUUUCGUAGGAGAUCUCCACAAGAAGGAGAAGGAAGAGAAGCGGGAGAAACGUGAGAAGGCCAAAAAAGAAUUUGUUACUCUUCUCGAGGAACAAACCGUAACGCUUAGCUUGACCAGAAAGACUAAAUGGUCUAACGUCAAGAAAUCAUUAGAAGAAGAUCCCCGUUAUAAGGGUGUUGAUAGUUCUUCUACCCGCGAACAAUUGUUCAAGGAUUAUGUAGAUAAGCUGGGAGAUGAAAGCCUUUCCGAUAUUGAAGAGGAGCAAGCCAGAGAGAAGAGAUUAGCAGCAGAACAAGCCAUAGCUGCCCGUCAAAAAGAAGUAGAAGCCACAUUGGGUGAUCAAUUACGUGAACGUGACAAGGAGAGUGAGCGUCAUCGUAUGUUAGAACAUGAAGAAAGAUUUAGAGCUUUAAUGAUUGAUCUGGUGAAACAAGCCGAUUCGUCGUGGCAUGAAGCACGCCGGAUAUUGAGAAAGGAUGAACGCUAUUCUAAUUGCGAUUUAUUGGAUAAAGAUAAGAAAGAGAAACUUUUCAACGAACAUUCAAGAGGGUUGGAGAAAAAGCGAAGAUUGGCUUUCUAUGCAGUUCUUGAUGAUCAUCCUAAGAUUAAUACACAAAUGAGGUGGAAAGAUGCUAGACGUAUAAUUCAAGAUGAGGAAGAAACAUUUAGCAAAGUUAUAAGUAGCAGUGAAAGGAAGGUCGAAAGAGAUUUCCGAGAAUGGCAAGACGAACGACGGGAAAGAAUCGUAAAAGAAUUCAAAGAAUUGUUGCGGGAAACAAAGAUCAUCACGUAUAAGAGCAAACGCUUGAUGGAAGAAAACGAGCAGCAUUUGAAAGAUAUAUAUGCUAUUUUGGAGAAUGAUAAACGAUGGGUGCGUAUGACAGAACACAGUGCAACUGAGAGAGACAAGGUCCUAGACGACUACAUUGAUCAACUGCACCAAAAGGGUACACCCCCACCUCCCACACAACAGGAACGAGAGAAGAGAAGAAAAGAUUAA